AUGACCUCCCUUGCAGGAAACUUGCUUCCAGAUGGCGACCAGACCCAAGGGGGCUCUUGGUUGGACGAUCUAGGGACACAGUCUUCAGCUACCAAAGAGGCAGACAACAUCGCGCCGCAGUCCCCCUUGCCAGGCUCGCAGGGGCGGCGGCGGGCCCAGGGGGCACUUGACCAACAAUCGUUGCACCACCACUUCUUCCACAUAAACCCUUCACCUCCAAACAGUCGAACAAAGCGAUCAUCAUGCCAGAGACGAGGAAAACCAUCCUGGACUGGGGGUGCAGGAUACAUCGGUAGCCACGUGCUAUUGUGCUGUUUAUUGACCAGGAAAUAUAAAGUGAUAACCAUCGAUAACUUUCACAAUUCGUUUCCGCCGGCAAUUGAGCGCGUCUCCCGUAUUGCUCUCAGUGAACUGCCAAACGAUGCCUCAGAGGAAGACAAACUUUUCACCAAUGUGACGCUCUACAAGGGCGAUAUUACCUGCAAGGCGGAUAUCGAAAAGGUCUUCGAAACCGAAAAGGUUUGGGGCGUCAUUCAUAUCGCUGCUCACAAAGCCGUCGGUGAGAGUGGAGAAAAACCAAUACAGUACUAUGAGAACAACAUCUCGGCCACCAUCAACCUGUUAGACGUGAUGAACCGUCAUGAUUGUCAUCAUUUAGUAUAUUCAUCAUCUGCAACCGUUUAUGGAGCUCCGACGACGAUCCCGAUCCCAGAGACGACUCCACUGGCACCAGAGUCAGUUUACGGAAGGACGAAGAUGAUGUCAGAAUUGAUCAUCAAAGAUCUCUGUGACUCCCAACCUACAAAAUGGAAAGCGAUCUCGUUAAGAUACUUCAAUCCAGCUGGGGCUCAUCCCUCAGGCUUGAUUGGCGAAGAUCCGGUCGGAAGACCAGGGAACCUGUUGCCUCUCUUGGCGCAGAUGGCUGUUGGCAAGAUUCCCCACGACUUGAAAGUCAAUGGAAAUGAUUACCCAACUCGAGAUGGCUGUUGUAUACGUGAUUAUAUACACGUCAUGGACCUAGCGGCUGGGCACAUCAAUGCAUUGGAUGGUCUUACCAAAGAAUCGACCUGGAGCACCCCCUGUGCAGGUUUCAAAUCUGCCUUUGGUACGAGUGGUGGGAAGUACAAAGCGUACAACCUUGGCAAAGGCAGAGGCCAAACCGUUUUUGAAAUGAUCGAGGCAAUGAGAAAAGCGACUGGGUUUGACUUCAAAUAUGAAAUAAUUAGCCGAAGAGCCGGAGAUGUUCCAGAUCUUACUGCCGAUCCCACGUUGGCCAUGAAAGAACUAGGAUUUAGCGCACCUCGCGAACUAGACGAAAUGUGCCGGGACUUAUGGAAUUGGCAAAGUAAAAACCCCAAAGGGUAUGCCUAG